AUAAAUACCCCUUCUCUUCCACACAUUUUCACCACCACAACAUUUUUCACUAUAUCACCAUGGAAACUGUUCUCAGCGCCAUAGAUUCAUCAUCCAAGCCGAGCAACGGCAACCUCGGCUGCCCCGCCGGUAGCCGCGCCGUAUCCACCGUCCACGACUCCAGCCACGUCCCCUCCUCCGCCGCCCCCGAGGCAACCCUAGGGCGCCACGUGGCGAGGCGCCUGGUUCAGAUCGGGGUUUCCGACGUCUUCACAGUCCCCGGAGACUUCAACCUCACCCUCCUCGACCACCUCAUCGCCGAGCCGGGGCUCAACAACGUCGGCUGCUGCAACGAGCUCAACGCCGGGUACGCCGCCGACGGCUACGCGCGCGCGAGGGGCGUCGGCGCGUGCGUGGUCACCUUCACCGUCGGCGGUCUCAGCCUGCUCAACGCCGUCGCCGGAGCUUACAGCGAGAAUCUUCCGGUGAUCUGCAUCGUCGGUGGUCCCAACACCAACGACUACGGCACCAAUCGGAUCCUCCAUCACACGAUCGGGUUGCCCGAUUUCAGCCAGGAGCUUGAAUGUUUCCGUACAGUCACAUGUUAUCAGGCAAUUGUGAAUAAUUUGGAAGAUGCACAUGAACAAAUAGAUAUAGCAAUCUCCACAGCUCUAAAAGAGAGCAAACCAGUCUACAUAAGCAUAAGCUGCAAUCUACCUGGAAUCCCCCAUCCAACUUUCUCUAGAGAGCCCAUCCCUUUCGCUCUCUCUCCGAGACUGAGCAACAAGCUCGGGUUGGAGGCGGCUGUGGAAGCGGCCGCCGCCUUCCUGAACAAGGCGGUGAAGCCGGUCAUGAUCGGUGGGCCCAAGCUCCGCUCCGCGAAGGCCGGACCCGCAUUCGUCGAGCUGGCGGACGCCUCAGGGUACGCUGUGGGGGUGAUGCCCUCAGCCAAGGGUCAGGUCCCCGAGCACCACCCCCACUUCGUGGGCACCUACUGGGGGGCCGUGGGGACCCCCUUCUGCGGCGAGAUAGUCGAGUCCGCGGACGCGUACCUGUUCGCGGGCCCUAUCUUCAACGACUACAGCUCGGUCGGGUACUCCCUCCUCCUCAAGAAGGAGAAGGCGGUCAUAGUCCAGCCCGACCGAGUUGUGGUUGGAAACGGGCCCGCGUUCGGGUGCGUCCUGAUGAAGGACUUCUUGAGCGAGCUGGCGAAGAAGUUGAAACGAAACGAAACCGCUUACGAGAAUUACAAGAGGAUUUACGUGCCUGAGGGUGUGCCGGUGAAAAGUGCUCCUAAGGAGCCUUUGAGAGUUAAUGUGCUGUUCCAGCAUAUACAGAAGAUGCUCAACGAGAAAACUGCGGUUAUCGCCGAAACCGGGGAUUCUUGGUUCAAUUGUCAGAAGCUGAAAUUGCCUCAGGGUUGUGGAUAUGAAUUUCAGAUGCAGUAUGGAUCAAUUGGAUGGUCAGUUGGUGCUACACUCGGCUACGCGCAGUCGGUGCCCGAUAAACGUGUUAUCGCUUGCAUCGGUGAUGGGAGUUUUCAGGUUACGGCACAAGAUGUGUCGACAAUGAUCCGUUGCGGGCAAAAGACGAUAAUUUUCUUGAUAAACAACGGUGGAUACACUAUCGAAGUCGAAAUUCACGACGGACCUUACAAUGUGAUCAAGAACUGGAACUACACCGGAGUUGUCGACGCCAUUUGUAACGGUGAAGGCAAUUGUUGGACUAGUAAGGUGUAUUGUGAGGAAGAGCUGAUUGCAGCAAUUGAAACAGCAAGUGGGGAGAAGAAGGAUAGCUUGUGCUUUAUAGAAGUGAUUGUUCAUAAGGAUGAUACUAGCAAAGAGCUUCUUGAGUGGGGAUCUAGGGUUUCUUCUGCUAAUAGUCGUCCACCAAAUCCACAAUGAUCAGGAGAUUAAGUUAAUUAAUUUGUUUAAUUAAUAGCAUAAUUUUUUUAAUAUUAGUUUUAAUUUCUUUAUUAAUUAUGAUUAUGUUAUGGGAUGGGAUGGCAUGUUGGUGAAAUUAAUUAAAGGCUUGCAUGGUUGA